AUGGCUGAUCCCGAUCCAUCUUGUCCUCGCCUCGAAGUCUCACCCUUCCUUCCUUCCUUCGUUUGGUUUUUGGUCAACUGCUGCCUUGUGCUCUCCCACGUGUGUUUGUUGGUGGUGGGUGUGGGCGAGAGAGACUUCCUCGGGUCUGCGGCAGCAACGAUGGACCUGCCGUUAAGCAUCGACCAGCUCACCGCCCCGCCGCGGCUGGAGGAGCCGCCCCCGCGUUCUCCUCCUCCUCCGCCUCCCCUGCCGCCGGCAGCGGCGGAUGCGGGGCGGUCGCCUUCUCCCUCCGGCAGGGAGGGGGUGCCGCAGCCCCCGCCACUGGAGGAGGCUGGCAGCGAUGAGCACCUGACCAUUGAGGACCUCUUUGGUGACCUCUUCGAGGUGGGGGAUCAGCGGCCGGUCGAUCCCGCGUUGCUCGACACGCGCAAGGUGCUCCUGCGCCUCUUUGGCGACCACGUUCGCGAGGAGGACGUCGACUUUGAGGACGAAAAGCACGCCACGCUGGCCAAGGAAAUGGCCGAUAACAAGGCGGAAGCUCGGUUUGCUGCGGUAGAAAAGUGCUUUGGUGAGGCGGGUGCGGCCGCUUUAGAAGCCCAACGCGUUGAGCCUUUUGGGUGUCUGCGGUCGUCGCUCCCGGACGCGCCGGCCCUCGGCCCACAUGAGGAAUUGUGGCUCGCCGACAUGCCCAAGAUUGCUCCCAACCGCCAAACACUUCACAUGGAGCCGCAACCGUUUCUUCCCUCGCAGUGCACGCCGCUAAAAAGCAACGACCGCAUGCUGUUCACAACGCAGAACGUUGCUCGAUGGGCGUAUCACAAGGGGACAAACACGUUUAUGAGCAAUGCUCGUGUCGUGCGGUGGAGUGACGGUAGUGUGACGUUGCACGUGGGUAGCGAUUUGUUUACCUUGCAGCCCUCAAAGGAAAGCGCCGUCACGAUGCUGGCGGGCCACGUUGUUGUGCAAAAAGGCACUGUCGGGGUUCCAGCAAUGGUCUCGGCACUCACUCCAGACCAGCACCUUGUGGUGGAGGGUGCCUCUGCAGUCUCAAUUGAAGAGGCUGUGAUUGCCGAGAACGCGCGAUUCCGCUCUGUUUCCAAGCAACACAACCUUGCCUACAGCGCGCCGGCGUUACCUAACAUCAAUUGGAAGAAUAUGACGGCGGCACGCACGCCCGUUGAAGAGUAUGUGAUGAAGGAAUACAACCGUCGGCAGAAACUUAUUGAGCAACGCAAGCGGGAGGGACGACCGAUGACGUUGACGGAGCAGAUGGAGAUGGAAAACGAGCUCCUUCAGCGGCUGAAGACAAUCAGCGCAGAGGAACUGCUGGAGCAGCAGCAGGAGCAACAGCGGGAGGCUGCUCUACGUUCUGCGGUGCGCCAGCAACCAGCUAGUCGCGGUCGUUUCGAGCGUACUACACACCUUGAAGGUGGCGGAGAUGCGGCCGCCGACGACGACGGGAGAGGCGCUGUGGGUGGAAGCUACGCGGAGGAAGCGGGGGAUGGUGAUGCCGAGGACGACACGUACGAAGUGAUGCUGGAGCGGAUGCAGAAAAAGCGUCAACGCGAGGACGACGCCGACAACGCCGCGCGCCUGCGUCGCAUCCAUCAGCGGGAAGAUGCGCAGCUGGCGCGGUACGGACCCCUCAUUGAGGCUCUGCGUAGUAUUCUGCCACACCUCCCCUCAGGCUCCACGGCGCUCGGCGCGGUGCAGGGCACACUGGAUUUCCUGGGGACCGGCGCCUUCUCCGCCGCCGUGGUCGAGAAGGAGGUGCCGCUGAUGAUGGAGGAGGUGGCAGCCGAGUGCCCCGGCGUGGACCUUAGCGCAGUGCGGGACGAGCUUCAGCGGCUGUCCCUGUGA